AUGAUCGGAACUUCUCUCCUCGAAUACAUCUUCAUUCGAGCUUGCAUUAUUGGCCUGCAAAGCGUUGCGCCCCUAAGCAUCAUUUAUUUCUCAGCAUGGGUAACUUCUCAAGUGAUGGACUCUCCAAUACCUAUCGAAGCUCCCUUACCCUUCAAAGUCUGGACCUCUGCAGAGGUGGUCUUCUAUAUCUUCGUCAAUUUCAUCUAUCGAGAGAAACUACAAUACGAAGCAGUGCACCCAGCAGCACCAUCACGAAACGAGAGGAAGGAGUUGUUCCAACUCUGCAACAGCAAUAUCCCUGAUCCGGAAGCAUAUUUCAAGAAGUGGUUCUUGGGUGCAACGACGGAUGAAAUCAAGAGAGACAACAUCAAGGAAUUCUUUCUAUGGGCUUUUUUCAAUAGGGAUGGACCCCCAGGGGAGGAUGAUGAUGAGCUUGAAGAAUAUGUGGUUGCUACCGAGGCUCUCCUGGGCAGGAAGAUACCGGAUGGCCGUGGUAGUGCUGUCUGCUUACGACUUACAAUUGAUGGUGUUAGUAUGGCUCACCGUAGUAUACUGUGGUAUUUCUGUGUUGGAUUCGUCGACUUCUUGACUUGCUUGCGCUUACAUGCCUACGGCUUCGCAUUUCGCCGAACUGCAUCGCCCUACUUCUUCAUGAUCUUCCCCAUACGACCGUUUACCCUUUUCAUGGCCAAACGUUCUCCUGCUACACGACUUACAUACUGGCAUCGCCCGCAUACGUCACGGACCCGAAGACCGGUCGUGUUCGUCCAUGGUAUCGGGAUUGGUCUCUACCCUUAUGUCAACUUUCUUCGUCAGCUAGAUUCCCAUCUUAAUGCCGGGCGAAGCGCCGAUGACCAGGUAGGGACUAUCGCAAUUGAGAUCAUGCCGAUCAGCUUCCGCAUAACACACUCAGCAAUGACGAAAGACGAGAUGUGCGACGAGAUCCAAGCAAUCCUCAAAUACCAUGAAUUUGAUAAGCCUGUCCUCGUCUCGCACUCUUAUGGAACCGUUGUUACUACCCAACUGCUGAAAUCGCCAAAACUGGCCAAUCAGAUUGGUCCUGUCGUGCUCAUUGACCCCAUCUCGAUCUUGUUACAUCUUCCAGACGUGGCUUACAAUUUCACUCGCCGUAAGCCACAACGGGCAAACGAGCACCAGCUUUACUACUUCGCAAGCAUGGACAUGGGCGUUUCUCAUAGCCUAUCACGAUGCUUCUUCUGGUCAGAAAACGUUCUGUGGAAACAGGAUAUUGGUGAGCGUGCUAUCACCGUGAGUCUUGCAGAGCGGGAUCUCAUUGUGAACACCAAAGCCGUUGGAAACUAUCUUGCGACUUGUAAUGAAGAGAAAGUAGCACGCAAGGAGGAAUCUGGAUGCGAUACUACUAACGGCAAUAUUCCCAUGGAAGUGAUAUCAGAAAAUGAGUUAGGGUCCACCGCCUUGCAUCUGAGAUCGAAUGCAUACACCAGAUGUGGUAUCUCUGGGCUAUCCUCUCCGAAGACUGUCGACAGGAACUCUUGUAACGUGCACCUCGAUGUAGGAUGGCAGGACCAGAAAUGGAGAGGAAAAGGUGGGGAUCUUAUCUGGUUUCGAACGCUGGAUCAUGCUCAGGUGUUUGAUAAAGUGGAGACUAGGAAACCAUUAGUGGAAGCUAUCCACCGAUACAGUGUGCAGUCCUGCUGA